CACGGCGGGACAUUUUCACUCUCCGCCACUGCCAGCUUCAGUCACGACCACCGACACCAACCAUGGCCUCCAGCAAAGCAGAAGGUCGUCGCGAAGAUGCUCUCGUUAAGCAGCGAGACCAAAUGCGGGAGGACUUCGAACGGCAGAAGAAAAACCUCAUCAACGAAACCGAAAAAGCUCGCCCCUCUGCCAAUCGUUUUGUUGGACAGCAUGAUUCCAUGGAAGAUACUCUCAAGCAUAACACCGUUGGUCUCGUUCAUUUGGAAGAGUUUCAGCAAAAGAGAAAAGAAUUAGAAGAAGCGAAAGCUAGGGAGGCAGCGAAAACAAAUGAGCUAAAAGAGGAGACAAAAAAAGUGAAGAAAAGGAAGAAAGCCGCCAAAGCUACGCUCUCUUUUGCCAUGGACGACGAGAACGAAGACGGCGAUUCGGGUGUGGAUAGCUCUGGUGCCACCAAGGAUAAGGACAGCAACGGUGAAGAUGGCCCUCCUGCUAAGCGCAGCAAGUUCCGCAAAAACCCCAAUGUCGAUACCUCAUUCCUUCCUGACAGGGAACGAGAAGAGGCUGAGAGAAGGGAACGUGAGCGCUUGAGGCAGGAGUGGCUUCGACGCCAAGAAGAAAUUAAGCAGGAGGAUAUUGAAGUAACGUAUUCUUACUGGGAUGGUAGUGGACAUAGAAAGAGUGUCAUUUGUAAGAAAGGCGAUGAUAUUGCUAGUUUCCUAGAGAAGUGUCGCUCUCAGCAUUCCGAGCUGCGUGGAGUUAGCGUUGAUAACCUUAUGUAUGUCAAGGAGGAUAUUAUAAUACCGCAGCAUUAUACCUUCUAUGAUUUCAUCAUUAAUAAGGCGCGGGGCAAGUCAGGACCUCUGUUUAACUUCGACAUUCACGACGAUGUUCGACUUCUGGCCGAUGCUACAAAGGAGAAGGACGAAUCACAUGCUGGGAAAGUUGUAGAAAGAAGUUAUUAUCAGCGGAACAAACACAUUUUUCCUGCGUCGCGAUGGGAGGUAUUUGAUCCGGAAAAGAAUUAUGGAAAAUACACUAUCGCCUGAGGGUUUACUCUGUGUAUCGUCUUGAGAGCGGACGUACCAUAUUGACGCUUCGUUGAAAUUGAUUAGGCCGUUCAGAAUCGGAUUCAUAGGCCUCUUCACAGCCGCAGAUAACGUGCACGGUAUCGUUUCAAUCAGUUAGUUGAAAAUCCGGCGUCGGCAAUAUGUAUAUUUCCAUUCUAUUUCCCCAGAAUAUUGAUUGGCAGCGUAUCCUAGUCUUCAUUCUCCACGGGGAACUUUAGUAGGCA